CAUCAGAAUCCAAAAUCAACGACAUCUCAUCUACAAGAAUACUGGCGCUAAACGGGCUGGCAUAUUAUAACAAAGAUUCUACGCUGUACUGCAAAUCUAAGCGAAUCCUUGGUCUCAAUGCAUCGAUCGGAGGCUAGCUAAUAGUUCUAUUGCGUCAUCUUUAACAUCUAUUCAUCUCUUCCGGUCUCUUACAAGUCAUCACUCAUAUCAUCUAUUUUUCCCGCGCCAUUCCCUCUCCGCCAAUUCAACAAUGAAACGGCUCUCUUCCCUCUUCUCCCGCACCUCCCGCACCUCCCGCACCGCCCCCUUCCAAAUUCUCUCCGAUCUCCACCUCGAACACUCGAACCAAUAUGCCUCCUUCGACCUCCCCAUCUCCGCCCCCAACCUCAUCCUCGCCGGCGACAUCGGCCGGCUCGCAGACUACGACGCCUACCUCGGCUUCCUCGUCCGCCGCACCACUCUCUUCGAGCGCGUCUUCCUCGUCCUCGGCGCCACCGAAUUCCACGGUCUAAGCUUUUACGCCGGCAUCGCGGCCGCGAGGCGACUAGAAGCUGAGCCCGCGCUGAAAGGAAAGCUCAUCUUGCUGCAUCAGCGGAAGUACGAUCUGCCGGGAACGAAUCUGAGUGUGCUGGGGUGUACGCUGUGGUCGCAGAUUCCCGAGUCCGCCGCGGCCGCUGUCGUUGCGAAGGUGCCUGAUUUCAGCCUUAUCGAAAGAUGGAGCGUGGAAGCGCACAACGCCGCCCACGCGGAUGAUGUCAGCUGGCUUAAGAGCCAGGUAAGUGCGAAUCGGCGGUUUGCGGGGGAGAUCGCGCUAGAUGGGCAGCCGGAGAGGAGUUUGUUGAUUGUGACGCACCAUGCGCCGGCGCUAAGGGAGUGUCACGCUCCGUGGGCGGUGGAUACACCGUGGUGUACUGCGAGCGCGACAGAUUUGUUGGCGGGGUGGGAUUGGACGGGGGUGAAGACAUGGGUGUUUGGAUGCACGCAUUGGACGAAUGAUUUCGUGGUCUUUGGGGUGCGGGCCGUGAGUAAUCAGAGGGGACUGGAGGAGGGCGGGGAUUUCGCGGGAGAGAGAACGAAGAAGAAGAAGGGGGCGACGGAGUUUGAUGUUAGGAGGGUUAUACAGGUGGGCUAAGGAUAGUCCGUGGGUGGGAAACGGAGAGAGAGGUAAUGGGGCGGUUUUUGAUUAGUGGAGUUUGAUAGCAUUGGCAGCUUGAACUUUUACACGGCUCUUUCAUUCCCUUAGUUCAUCUACAUUUCUUAUUCUAGGCUCUCUGAAACUGUUUAUCGUCAUAUUGCCACACGAAGAUCUACCCCAGCUCAUACUGUCUCAUAUCAAUAGCAGUCUUC